AUGUCGCACCACCGCCACCUUCUCCCGGAGCAGCAGCAGCAGCAGCAGCAGCAGACUCAGUCUCAGCCAUCUCAGUCUCACGAGUCUCAACAGCAACACCCCCCCUGGCUGCAGUCCCUCCUCGCGGACUCCUCCCCGCCGCCCAAGCUCUACGCGUGGACACCCGCCAACCUCGAUCCCUCCACCUCGUCCGCCACAUCACCGUCGUCGUCAUCACCACCACCACCAUCAGGAGCAGACGACCUCGACCGCCGCAUCUUCGUCCUCGGCGUCGGCAACAUCGGCCGCCUCUACGCCAGCCACCUCGCUCGCCACGCUCCGGACCCCCCGCCCAUCACCCUCGUCGUCCACCGCCCGGAGCUGCUGGCCCAGUGGGCCGCCAGCGACGGCGGCAUCGAGAUAACCACCCUCGCGCACAACUCUUCGCCCUCUUCUUCCUCCCAGGAUCAGCAGCAGCAGUACGUCCACCGCGCCAAGGCCCCCUUUGACAUCGAGUUCUGGUCCGACGCCCCCCCGACCCGCGGCCCCGUCCGCGAGGUCGCAGACUCCCGGCCCAUCCGCAACCUCCUCAUCGCGACCAAGGCCUCGGCCGCCAUGCCCCAGGCCGACCGCCUCCGCCGCUACCUCGACGCCCGCUCCGCCGUCGCCUUCGCCCAGAACGGCAUGUCCAAGCUCUGGCCCCCGCACGGCCUCGCCUACGUCGCUGCCCGCUACCCGCGCCCCGGCUCCGCCCCAAGCUUCCUCGCCUGCAUCACCGGCCACGGCGUCUACUCGCUCGGGCCCUUUCGCAGCGUCCACGCCUCGCCCGCCGGCGCCACCGUCGGGCCUGUCCUGCUCAACGCCGCCGCGCCAGCGUCCUCGCCUUCCGGCCAGGGUAACGACCGUCAGUCCGCCGCCUCGUACCUCACCGAGCGCAUCGCCUCCGCCCCGGGCCUCGACUGCCGCGCCGUGCCCUCCUCCGAGCUCUGGCUCCUGCAGCUCGAGAAGCUCGUCGUCAACUCGUCCAUCAACCCCGUCACCGCCAUCCUGCGCUGCAAGAACGGCGCCCUCUUCGAGUCCCGCGCCGAGACGGACGGCCUCGCCCGCCUCUUCGACCGCCUCCUCGGCGAGACGAGCGCCGUUCUGCAGGCCCUCGUCGGCCACCCCAGCACCGCCGUCAUCCUGCGGCCACAGCAGCAGUCGCAUGGGUCUGCAUCCGCACCCAAGGACCGCCGCGGCGCCGUCUCGUCGUCGCCCGACCUCGAGGCCCAGCGCGAUGCUCUCCGCGCGCGCUUCUCCCACGCUCGCCUGCGCGACUUCCUCUACGACUACGGCUCGCGCGUGGGCGACAACACGAGCUCCAUGCUUCAGGAUGUGCGCGCCGGCAAGCCCACAGAGGUCCGCGACUUCAACGGCUGGAUCGUCGACAUGGCCGACUUUCUCGGCAUGCCCGACGCGGUCCCCACGCACAGGGCCCUCGUCGGCCUCGUCGAGGACGCCGCCGCGCUGACCAAGGACGAGCUGGCGGAGAGGGUCGGCGUAUGA